AACCAUCCUCGACCUCUUUUCCAAUUCGAGCUUCGCUUCGGAGAAGGGCGUCGUCGGACGGUGGACCAGGGCUAGGGUUUCCCCUCUCUCUCUCUCUCUCUCUCUCUCUCUCUCUCUCUCUCUCUCUGAUUAGGGUUUCGGAUCCCUUCACUCUAGGAGGAGGAAACACACCAAGGGACACAAAUCUAAUGUUGCUAUUUGCUGAUAUCUGCCGCUAAAUGAAGCUGAUGCCGAAAUUCCUCACUAAAUGUGCGUUGACUAGUUGUGUGCCACGUACAUUUUCUCUGGCUUCGUCGUUGACUCUAAGUUCCGUAAUACCAAGCUUAGAAGAACAAGUUGGUCUUGACGACUUAACAAGUUUGAAUCUAGAAAGUAUUCGACGAUUCACCUCCAACACUUGCCUGCAGAGACUCGAUCAUAAUGAAAUGAGAGGCUCUGCAAUUGAAGAAAGGCUAUCGAGUUCGUCCGACAGUCGCGAGGAAGAAUAUGCACGGAGAAGACCACUGCAUGAGAAGUACCGGCAGGAGCGGUUUAGGAAGAGUUUAUCCCUUGGUAGAAAUCAAACGGUUCUUGAUAGUAUUUAUGAUUCAUGGAAGCUACAAAGUAGUAGCUAUAGUACAUCUUGCAGAGAACAAGAAACAAGUGGUCUAUCAAAUAAGUUUUUGGGGGUCCUACCAAAGUUCGUGAAGAUAGUGGAAGUAGGACCAAGAGAUGGGUUACAAAAUGAAAAAGAUAUUGUACCGACAGCAGUAAAAAUUGAACUAAUACAGAGGUUGGUCUCUGCUGGAUUGCCUGUUAUUGAGGCAACGAGUUUCGUCUCUCCAAAAUGGGUACCACAGCUGGCAGAUGCCAAGGAUGUUAUGGAAGGAGUUGGAAGUCUGGAGGGGGUGAAAUUUCCAGUAUUAACUCCUAAUCUGAAAGGAUUUGAAGCAGCUGUUGCAGCUGGCGCAAAAGAAGUUGCAGUAUUUGCAUCAGCUUCUGAAUCAUUUUCAAAAUCCAACAUUAAUUGCAGCAUCAAAGAGAGCCUUGUACGUUAUAAUGAUGUUGUUCUUGCUGCUAAUAAGCAUGCAAUCCCUGUUCGUGGAUAUGUCUCGUGCGUUGUUGGGUGCCCAGUGGAAGGAGCAGUGCCUCCUUCAAGUGUGGCAUUCGUCGCAAAAGAGCUUAACAAUAUGGGAUGCUCUGAAAUUUCACUUGGUGAUACAAUUGGAGUUGGCACUCCGGGCACUGUUGUUCCGAUGCUUGAAGCUGUUAUGUCUGUUGUUCCAGUGGAGAAACUCGCAGUCCAUUUUCAUGAUACUUACGGCCAAGCUCUCCCAAAUAUCCUCAUCUCGCUUCAAAUGGGAAUAAGCACGGUGGACUCGUCAGUCGCUGGCCUAGGAGGGUGCCCGUACGCGAAGGGUGCCUCGGGGAAUGUGGCGACCGAGGAUGUCGUGUACAUGCUUAAUGGGCUCGGCGUAAGGACCGGCGUGGAUCUCGGAAAGCUUAUGGCGGCGGGAGAGUUCAUCAGCCGGCACCUGGGGCGGCGGUCCGGAUCGAAGGUGGCUGUCGCCUUGAGUAGAGUAACUGCAGAAGCCUCCAAAUUGUAAGGACCAGAUAAACAUGAUUAGUAAUAAAUGCAAUUUGGCGGCGAUCGUUCAUCGGAGGCAGGCAUACGAUGCCUAAUACAGUGUACAUUUAGAUGAAUAAGGCCAAUUCUAGUGACCCAAAGAUUCACCUGUACUUAAAAAAAAAAAGUAAUAAUAAUGAGAACAAAAAAAAAAAAAAAAAAAAAAAAAAAAAGAAGUGACCUGAAGGGUGAUGAUGGGCAUUGGUCCUGUUAUUGUUGUAACUACUUUGUAAAGUUCAAGCUAAACGUUCCUGUGAUAUUUCAGCCUUUGGGGCCUCUUUAGUUUGUGGUAUUCUCUGUGGGACAAACCAUUCUCAUUCUUCUCAUGGGGAUUAUUCUCGUAUUAGCAUAAUGUUAUUCUUACAAACAAUUCUAUUCGGUUUGAA